UGGAAUGUGAAUGAAGAGGUGCUGCGUCAAGACAACUGAUGCUGCUGAUUUUACCUAUCGUCAUCUGCUAUCUACCGGUGUUCAAGGGUCGUAUGACAAGGACGAUUAAAGGAGGAGGGGGAAAUAUGCAACUAAGCAAAAUCGCCCCAACGCAGCUGCCGCUCAUGGAUUGGCCCUAGUGGCAAUGAUGAACAUUAGCAGCAACUGUUCAGCAUCAGCGGCAGAGCAGAAGCCACUUGACGCGAGGACAUUAUUGAUCGUGGGCCUCCUGAUCGCCCUGACCUUGGCGACAGCUCUCCUAAACUGCACUGUCAUCUUGGCAAUCUGCACCACCAGGAAACUCCAUCUGCCGGCCAAUUACCUAAUAUGCUCGCUGGCGGUCACCGACCUCCUGGUGGCCACGCUGGUGAUGCCCCUCAGCAUCCUCUACAUCGCCACGGAGAUCUGGAUGCUGGGUUACGUGGUCUGUGAGGCGUGGCUGAGCAUGGACAUGAUCUGCUGCACCUGCUCCAUCCUCCACCUGUGCGCCAUCGCCGUGGACCGCCACUGGUCCAUCACCCGCGCCCUGGAGUACACCUGCAGGCGCACCGCCCGCAUCACCGCUGUCAUGGUGACAGUGGUGUGGACGCUCUCCAUCCUCAUCUCCGUGCCACCACUCUUCUGGAGGGUGGAUCGCUGCGCCACUCAGUGCACCAUUGAGCACGACCACGUCAGCUACACCAUCUACUCCACCUUCGGAGCGUUCUACAUCCCCAUGGCCCUGAUGCUGAUCCUGUACUGUAGGAUCUUUGUGGCUGCUAAGACUUUGUAUCAGAAGCGUAGCGUUGGCGGCGGCACCAAUCUUUGUGCCAACGGAGAGGCCCAUGAACACUACCCCAGCGUUCAGUUUGUCUGCGUGUCCCAGAUGUCCCCUGUGCCUAAUAAUCCUGGAAAACCGGUAGAGCUUGUGGCGAGCAAAGACAUUGAUACCCCCAGUCCAAAUGCCUCGCCAAGGACUCUGGAGGAUGAUAAAGAAAGGAGUCACCUGUACUCUGUCCGAGAGCGGAGAGCGGCCCAAACGCUGGGGCUCAUUCUGGGAGCCUUUGUGCUUUGCUGGCUGCCUUUCUUUGUCAAGGAGCUGAUGGUCGGAUUUGGGCUUUUUCAGCCGACGCAGCACGUGUCCAACUUUCUCACUUGGCUCGGUUACGCCAACUCUCUCAUAAACCCGCUGCUCUACACGAGUUUUAAUGAAGACUUUAAACAGGCCUUUAAAAAAUUACUGCAGUGCAAAAAACCAUGAGUGAUAUAAGGACGCUCUAUAAGUCGGACAGCUAAUCUCUUGUCAAAGCUGAAGCUUUUAGCUGUGCUAUUUCCGUGUUAUUUGAGAUUUGUUGACACAAAUUGCCUUAUACUGUUACAAAAGUAGAAACAGAUGUCAAGGAUUGCAUUACUGUAGUCAUUUAAAUGUA